GGUGUACUUGAGGAUCGCUUAAUUCAUGAAUGUUUAGAUAUUGUCCUGUGUCCGCUCAAGCAGGCUGCACAUGAAGGAGUCAUGUUAUCAGGCCCUGUUGGACAUAGCUGCUAUUGUUUUACCCCCCUGGCAAGCUAUAUUGUUGACACUUCAGAGGCUAUGAUGCUAGCUACUGUCAGUGGGAAAACAUCUCUGGUUACCAUGGCCAUGUUCAAGCAGUUCAGAGACCCUUUCCAUCAUGAACCUUGCAUGAAAUCAACCACACUUACACAGCUGGCUGUCAUUCAAACAAGGGCAGAUCCCAACAAUAUUGAAGCCUUCUUUCGUGAAGUGCAGAAAUUUUGCCUGAAUGGUGUCUCUCAACCUUUCUGGCAGGACUGGACCCUUGGUGAACCAUCUCAUUUCCUCACUCCAGAAUUUCUGCAUCUCAUUCACUGA